GAUUCUUUGGGAUAGUAUUGUCAUGCAAAUAAAGGACGCGUAAAAUAUUCCCCCAGAGCGCAGCGCAGGGCAGAGACUCACACGGACCGCGCGGAGGACACAGACCGGGCCACACGGUGGAUUUGUAUCGUUUUCGUCGCCACGGACCCGUCCAUCUGUCACAGACAUCCUGGCCACAUGAGCAGCGACAUAUAGCCAGGACGUGUAGCCAGGAACCAGGUCGGAUCGUUCAAGGAAAAACCUGCGGAGGCUGCCCUGUGGAGAUAUUCUUCCACUUUCCCCAAGUGAAGUCGAAGGGUGUCUCUCUUCUCCAUCCCCUGCUCUAGGCUACCUGCUGCUGCUACAAAGGGGGAACUACAUCUAGAGACCCCUGGAUCGCUUGAGAGCACACCCCUUUUAUGAUUUAGGGAUUUAAGAUCUCUUAAAUAUUAACAUUUUUGCACACCACGUGUGUUAUUUCCGCUCUUGUCCUUUUUGGGAUAUAUACAGUGCUCCUUUUUUUCCCUUUUAGUACUUUAAAGUGCCUUAUUAACUGGUUAUAAUCCAGUGUAACUGUGGCAUUGUCACCAGACCAGAGACGCUCAACAGGGAGAAGACGAUUAUUAUCAGCUUUAGAGCCCAGGCAGGAUUACUGGUUCCCCACCCUCCAGCGAGCUGCAACCAUGAGCCAGGCGGAUGUGUCGACUUGCUCCGCGCCGCAGAGGGUUUUCCAGGAGGCGGUGAAGAAGGGCAACACCAAGGAGCUGCACUCGUUGCUGCAGAACAUGACAAACUGCGAGUUCAACGUCAACUCCUUCGGGCCAGAAGGACAGACGGCCCUCCACCAGUCUGUCAUUGAUGGAAACCUGGAGCUGGUAAAACUGCUGGUGAAGUUUGGUGCAGAUAUCCGGCUGGCCAACAGGGAAGGGUGGAGCGCUUUACACAUCGCCGCCUUCGGGGGCCACCAAGACAUUGUUUUAUACCUCAUCACCAAGGCCAAGUACUCCUCUGGCGCCCGGUGAUCUGUCUCUGCUGUCAGGUAAAAUAAGAAAAAAAAUAACAAAUAACAAAACAACAAGUGGAAAAUAAAACUGCAACACACGGGAAAGCCGGGCUCUUGUAAAAGCAAAAAAACAAAAAACAAACAAAAAAACUGCCAAUAUCUACAUAGUUGUGCCAAAUUAUAUAGAAAAGGAAAUAAAAAAAAAUAGGCCUGCACAAUAAUCUUCCCUCAUUGUAAACCAAACGGGGCCCUCUGUGCACUCCUGAGUGAAGCACCGCAUGGUUCAUACACAGCGCUUCAACACGAAUCUUUAACAAAAGAAACGCCAUUUCGGUGAGUUUGUUGGUACUAAAGCUUUCCUCUUGAAUGUGUAUACUAGAUCUUGUCGUCCACUAUAAAAGAAGCCAGUGUCUCACAUGUGUGUAUGUGUAUGUGUGUGUGUUUGGACCUCAGAGUGCAGAUGGCCCAGUUUUCUUUUUCUAUCCAUGACCUCCCAUCCCCAGUACAGUUGAAUAGUUUCUUUGUGGGUGGCAGCAGAUUUGACCUGUUGCUCCACCAUUGUUCGCUUGGAAAACCCUUUUUUAAGUUAUUUUAUAUGAAAACACGGCACUUGAUGCUAUAUGGCUGCAUGCUGGAAUAUCUGAAAGGGAAGACACAUGAACAAGAGAAGAAGGGUUGCCCUCUGUUGGCUACCAGAGGUCUAAUUUCUUUCAAAGUCAUUGAAUUUUUUUAUUUUAUUUUAUUUUUUUACUCAAAGAGCAGCAUUAUGGCUAUCCAACACGCUUUCAGAGGUGUAAUCAUUAUCUAACAACAACUGACUCCAUCAUUGUUGUGAAGUACUGUACACAAUAGCUUUACUUUUGUUUCUGUUUGAAGAGAGAAGAAGAGAUAGUAGCUGAAUACGCUCUGCAGUUCUUGCCAUGCUGGCGUCCAACUUUUUUUUUUUUUUUCAGGCCAGUGCGUCCACUUUGCCAGUGGUCAUUGUGUUAUUAAAAAAAAAAACCCCGCUGCUUUCGCUUUGUAUCAAAAAAAAGUCGCAUUUGGAAAUCACUUUAUAAUCUCCUUUCAGUAUUUUAUUAACAUCCUAGUCAUCACUGUGAAAGCAGGCUGGGUUUUUUUUAUAUUUUUUUUUAUUUAUGAAGGUACAUUGAGAAGAUGCAUUUUUUUUUUUAAUAUGUUGUGGUUCUUUUUUUUUUUUUUUAAUCUGUAAGUGUAAGAAUAUCUAGGGGUGACUCAAGCUGCUUCAGACUCGUAGUAUAAACUGUCCCGUGUGGAGGUAGAUCUGCCACCCACCACCCCCCAGAAUCCCCUCUGUUAUAGCCUGUUGACUCUCAAGAGGACUUUCUCUCCCCCCCUCCCUCCUCUCCCCCCACCUCCCAUUAAAAGGACUUUGUUUGGUUGCCUUUUGCCAGCUACCUCGACUAUAAAGUAUUCUCAAGUUGUUCAGCUGUCUCACCACUCUGCCACGUUGUGUUUGCAGUCUGAGGAGAUUCACAAUUUGUCUGUGAUCAUCCGCGUGCCAGUAUGUUUUUUUUUUUUUUUUUUGCUAUGUAGCC